ACAGAGGCAGGGCCUGCCAAUAUAAAACUAACUAAAUAAUAAAAUCAUAAAUGAUCAGAUCCUUGGAUUGAGAGGAAUAGGUAAGGAUUUCUUCUAAAUGGGAAAAUGAAACUAGCACAGACUUGCUUAUCUAAGGGGAAGGCAACCGGGCUGUUCAAAGAUAGAUGGGGUUUUCUAAUGUGGGAAUUCCUGCCUACAGACUUAUAGACUAAGUGAAAAUGCCCUACAAAUAGCAGUCCAGAAGCUCUCUCUGAACCCCACACCACAUCUACUUGCCUCCAAGUGAGCAGCAAGGGGAAGAGGAGCAGCAGCAGCUACAGAGCUGAACAUGAAGUCUCUUAUUCGUCUCUCACUCCUGCUUCUUCUAGCUGCAGUUCUGGUGCAAGGAAUGCCAACCUCCAGCAGAGGACGCUGUCUUUGUAUAACAGCUGGUGCACCUGUAAUCCACCCAAAACAUAUUGCAAAGGUUGAAAUAUAUGGGCAAAGCAGCAGCUGUCAGCAAGUCGAAGUGAUCAUCACACUGAAAGGGAGCGGGCAAAGGAAAUGUCUGAACAGCACAUCCAAGCUCGCAUCACGCAUGAUACAGAAAUUCUUGAAGAGAAAUAAGUAACAACAGCAACCAGAAAGGAAGACUGUGCAAAACUAUUAGUGGACAUGACUGUUCAUGCUGUUUACCUGCUCACAUAUGAAGUGAGCACCCAGCAAACCUGACUGUUCACUGGAGUGCUGUUCCAUAGCGUCUAGCCAUGCAAGUACAUCAUGAUGUGUGAUUAGCCCCACAGAAGAUAAAAUAUCUGCAACUGUUUUUCUGUGUGUCAACAUCUGUCAUCAUUCUUCACACUGGUUAUUUCAACUGCUAUUGUUAGCCUUGUCAGACCUUUCGGAAUCAGGGACUUGACCUCAGCCAAAGAGGAUUUGCUAGGACAUGAAAAAAAAGUAGGUCCUCUCUGAUAUGCUUAAAUAUGCAUUUACCUUAGAGAUGUUGUAGAACUCUAUCCCAAAGAAACCAGCUGAGUCUUUUGAGUAAAUCAUUCAUAUUCUAUGAAUAUUCAGGAAGAGCAUUCUCCUUUUUUAAAAGUAUGCAAGGGAAACCCACAUUUAGAUAAAAAUAUGCUUGAUGCAAACUAACAAAAGCCAGGAAACUCAAGGUCAGAGUUUUAACCCUAGCUUUAACUCAAAGUGCUGGUUUAUGUGUUUCACAAGAGAGUUUGAGAGAGAUUGUCACACUCUGUUUUUGGAUUUUUAUUCUCCAUCAGUUUGUAUCAUACUGAUUAUAACAUUGAGACAUAAUUUGUCAUGAAUAGUAAGUAUAGAUGUACAAUCAUUUCAAAAGACAUACUUUGAAAUACAUAAAGGUACAUUUUGUUUUAUGUCUGACUAGAUUUUGUAUUUUUGUACAAAUGUUUUGUAAAUAGAUUUGUUGGAU